AUGACGUCUUCACUCAUGCAACGACAACCUAGCAUCGCCUUCCAAAGGGCUUUGGACAGCAGUCAGCGAGCAGAGUUUGCUGUCACUGAGUACGCUCAUGUCGCGGACGCUAUUGAAAAAAUUCAGACAGAGCAUGGAUCCAAAAAACAGUUGCAGAAUAUGGCCCGGGUUCAGAGAUUUCUUGAAGCAAUGAAUGAGUACGGGAAAGUCAUUGAAGUCUUCCUGAACUGCAGUCCAUUUGCCGCUUAUAUUUGGGGCCCGAUAAAAUUUGUUCUUCAGAUUGCCAGUUCGUGGAGUGAGACGUUGGAGGUUUUGCUCAGCGCCUACGAAGAUAUCGGCGAGCGAGCCCCUUCUUUCUUACAGUACCAACUCGUGUUUGAGAGAAACCCUGGGAUGUUAAGCACUCUGGAAAGGUGGUUUUGUGACGUGCUAGAUUUCCACUUUCAUGCAUUGAAGUUUCUGACAAGACCAAGGUGGAAGCAAUUAUUCCAUUCUUCCUGGAAAACAUUUAAUUCACAGUUCAAACGAAUUCUCGAUAGCCUGGAGCGCCACAAGGACCAUAUUGAAAGCGAAAAAAGCACGUUGACGGUUCAUGAGGUCCAAAUGCUGCGUGAUGAUGAGGCGGCUCGGUUCAAUGAAUUCCGACUCAAUACUAUGCUUGACAAACUUGAUGCCCCAAACUCGUAUAUUGAUCAGGAUACUAUGUCCGAAUGUCGACAUCAUGCCGACUCCGGUAAUUGGGUAUUAAACGACAAGGUAUUCAAGCAGUGGCGUGAAGCGCUUGGAGGAUCCAACCCUCUAUUAUAUAUUCAUGGCAUUCCAGGAGCAGGGAAGUCAACUCUAGCAUCCCGAAUCAUUGAAGCACUCAAUGAAGAGGAAGAAAACCCUAUUCUGUUCUUCUACUGCAGCGAUCAUCAAGAAGACAAGCAUACAUUUAUCCAUAUUCUACGCGGAUUAAUAGCCCAGCUUCUCAGCAAAGACCCAGCCCUUGCGGCAUUUUUCUGCGAGAAGUAUACAGGCUAUGAUGGAAAAAGGUUCGGGUCAGCUAGUGUCAUCAAGGAGGCCGCGGAUAUUGCAUUCAGUAGCCAACGUAGUUUAUACGUUGUUCUGGAUGGCCUAGAUGAAUGCGAUAGUUGCGAAGCGGAAAAGACAUUGUCUUGGUUUCUUUCACGCCAGAAAAAGUCUUUACCAGGAACUGAUGGCCACAUACGUCUACUAUGCAUUGGUCAGCGAACAGAUCUAUUGGAGAGAAUGUUGUCUUCCGCACAUAAGAUCUCCAUGGAUAACCAGCGGUGUCAUAAAGAAGACAUAGAGCUAUACAUAAGGAGCAUGGCGCGGAGAAUUUCUGACAAUAUGAAUCUUAGUGCUGACAUACAGGAAAAAAUAAUUGCUAAGGUUUCAAAUGUUGCAAACGGCAUGUUCCUAUACGCAAAAGUAGUCAUGGACAAUUUACUUGUUCAAUACACGCGCCGAGACUUGGAAAAUGAAAUUGCACCCGGAGUAUUCCCGGACGGACUAGAUGCCGCAUAUCGUCGUGUGACAUCAUCAGUGCUUCACAAAGCUCCCCAAAAGCAGAAAGAUAUUGCUUUGCAGAUAUUGGGCUGGGUAGCAUGUGCAACACGUCCGUUGAAGUGGCGGGAACUUCAGGCUACAUUCUACAUUCACCCUGAAAGGAGCGUCUCACAAUGUGAGGAAGACAUGCUGAGGGCUAACUGCAAACGAUUUUGUGGCUCAUUCGUUGACUUGCAUUUUGCGAAAAUGAGGGAGCCCACUGAAGCAACCGUUGUUCUAGUUCAUAGUACAGCGCGAGACUACCUUGUCAGCGCCAAAAUUGUAGGCCUCGGUUUCCAGCAUAGUCGGAUUGCCCUGUUCUGCUGCAAUUAUCUGCUGAUAGAUUGUGAUCAAAUCCAGAAAUACUUUCGCUCAGGUGUUUCAACAUCUGAAUAUCUGUCUUACUCUGAAGGGAGCCGCAAUGAUUCAGUGCAAGCCCUUAGAGAUUUUAUCGACGAAUACGGGUUGCAAUCUGAAAUCAAAAAAGUAUAUGGCACAGAUAGUCCUAGCGACCCGGCCGAGUUUAUUCGGCAGAUGCCGGAUAACCCGGCUACAAGAUACUCAAUUCUAGGCAUCGAAUGGCGAAUAUUGGCUAUAAGAACAACAAUAGAAAAUUUUCUCGGCCGUGGACCGCUACCCGAGACGGAGAAAAGGAAACUAGAUACUCUGUAUGGGCCAGCGAACUUCAAAUGCCCCAAGGCCUGGUGCAUGAAUUUCCAGCAUGGCUUUGACAGACUUCCAGAACGAAACCGUCACGUCAAUAGACACGAGAACCCAUUUAUCUGCCCUGAUGAAGAUUGCCCUCUUCGGGAACUUGGCUUUGACACGAAGACGAGCCUAGACCGACAUGUUCGACAUACUGAGGCUACCUUUCCACAGCGCGAUGCAGCAAAACGAGGCGAUUUGGAAGCGGUGCAGAAAUUUAUAACUCAAGGAGCAGACGUCAAUCACAACACGUAUCCGAAGAAAAGAGGGCGGACACCUCUCUUCCUCGCCGCGAUGAAUGGCCACCUUGCUGUCUGUGACAUUCUGGUAAGACACGGCGCCUAUCCAAGCUAUCAACCCCCUACUGCGAAGGCUAUUCUGUUGGCUGCCAUUGAGCAUGAGAAAGAGGAUAUUGUCCGCUAUCUGAUCGAUGUUGUAGGUGCCCCGUGCAGAUCACGUAAUGAGGAGGAGUGGUCGGGCUCUAUAUUGCAAGCGGCAACGGCAACCGGGAACCCGGAAAUCCUAAAAAUUGUUUUGAAUAACACAAGAGAACGCUUUCAGGCGAGUGAGAUAAAAUAUGCUCUGCUUCUCGCCGCGGAGAGGGGAUACACCGACUCGGUCAGGGAGAUGAUAAAGUCUAACACGAUCAACUCGUUGGCCGAUCUGGGACUAGGGCCAGUCGGGAAGCGCACCCCGCUACAUGUGGCAGCUGAGAACGGCCACAUUGGGGUCGUUCGCUUGUUGAUCGACAGCGGGAAGAUGUACCCAGAUCCUGAAGGUACUUUUGACGGGAGCCCUGUGCAGCUUGCCAUUCAGCGUGGUCAUUUAUCCGAGGCCAUGGUGUUGUUUGAAUUCGACCCGAGAUUUGGUGAAGAAUUGCUGCUCUUCGUUGGCGAGCGUGGCGACCACAGCUUGGCUCGUCAUCUACUGAAAAUGCGCGAAUUUCCUAUAGACCAAGCCAUAUACAGGGCCGCUAUAAGAGGAGAUACAACCACGGCUCACACAUUACUUGCAUCACAAACGGCGAACGGCUCUACGAUAGAUAAUGCUCGCAAAAACAAGGUUGGCUCGGACUGGUACGCGGUGUGGAAUCCGAGUGCGCACAAAUGUGUCGACCUUGACCUUAGGCAUGAUUUCAUCGUGUCAACGGACGUUACAUCAGUGACAUUCAGUGAAGACGGCAAGUACCUUGCAGUGUGUGGCUUGAAAUUGGCAUACAUCUAUGAUCUAAUGGAGGGGGACGGGGAAAGGGUUGGAAGUAUCAUUGUUGAAGAGGAGGAUGAAGCCUGCUACCUACGCACCGCGUGCUUCAGCCCCAAUAGCAACUGCCUUGUCGCUGGAGGCGACACCGACAAUAUUUGGGUCUGUGAUCCUCUUAAAGCGGCUCCUUUGCCGAUCCCCUCCAAUCACACGCAAUCAAUCACCGCGCUUAUUUUCACGCGCGAUGGGCUUUUGAUGGUGAGCGGAGGGAAGGACGGGUUUGUCCGAUUGUGGGAUGUUUCCGCGGGUUGGACACUGAAACACAGCCUCGAAGCCCCUCACGCGGUCACAACACUUCAAAUUUCACCAGACAACCGAUAUGUUUUGGCUGGCGAUAUUGGCGGAGUCAUAUCCAUUUGGGAAUUGGCUACCAAUGCGCUCACGAAACGCCAUUCAUAUGCUGUUGACUUUUUAACCUUCUCCUUGGAUGGCCUCUCCCUUAUCAGCUAUAACCUCGAGAAAGCGGUAACACAAUGGAAUCUCUCGCUGUUCAACCCAAUGGUCGUCUGUGAUGAGCCUAUCACCCAUCAGAUUGACAAGGAGGCCGUUUUUUGUAUUCGUCACAGCCACAACCGUCGGUGGCUUCUGUACUGUACAAUGAAAGGGGACACCAAAAUACACGAUUCGGUAAGUGGGGAAGUCCAAUUGGUCCUCAGAGGUCAUCAAGACUUGAUAUACUGCCUAUCCUACUCUCCCUCGGGGGGCAUGUUCGCUACUGGCUCGAUUGAUGGCCACGUAAAGAUCUGGACUCUAGCAGAACAAAGUCCAUAG